AUGGCGCCCACACAAGUGGCUAGAGCACUGAGGACAUAUUUCGUGUGGGAGAAGGAAUGCGACCGGCCAAACUAUACGCAUGACUUUCUCCGCUCGCCCACGCGUCCCGGCCUCCCAGGCGUUCAUAGACGAACAGCGGCUCGCUUCACUGGAAGCGGUUUAAUUAUAGAAUUUCCGCCGUUGGCCCUACUUGGACGAAAUGGAUUUGGUGCAUUUGACGACUGCGUGGACAUGUGCCGAGUGCUGAUUGCGUGUCAGUUCACUUCCUCGCACACUACACGCGGACCACUCCGCCGUCGUUGUAUCGAUGUGCAUAGCGGCCGGGCGCUGAGGGCUAAUUGUCGUCUAACCGAGCUCCGUUCCGGCCGUACGGAUAAAUUACGCGCUCCCACCAAGGCUACUCCGCUAAGGGCCCAGUCCGCGGGCCCGUGCAACACUGGAGGCGCCUGCCUGUUGCUCGCACGUGACGCGGUCCGCGCAUACGUGAGCCGUGAGCGCGGCGCGAUGCGGGCGAGCGGGGCGCGCGCG